AUGGACGCCGGCGGUGUGCAAGUUCAACAUCAACCGUCCAGCCAAGAUCCUACCAGACAAUCCUGGAGGAAUAAUAACUCAAACGGUGACCAAGGUAAACGUAGGGAUAGUGGUAGCAACAAGUCUAAACCUGUAAACCUAAGGUCAAUUAAUGUGGAGAGUGCUCAGAGUGUGAGUAAUACUUCAAGAACGGCUGGUAGUAAUAAUAAUUCUGGAGUUCAACCUCUUCGAACUCCAAAAACCGCACAGUUUCCUAAACCAAAUCAACAAGUUUAUGCCAUGCAACCAACAAAGACCGCAACUCUUGUAAAAACUGCACCUCAACAACAACCUCAUAUGACCAACAUGCCUACCAGGUCGUCACCUCCGCAGACUGUAUUUGUUUCAAGGUCUUCACCUCCUCCACAAAAUAAUGUUCCCGCUACUGCUCCCGCUCCCAAACAAAAAACAGCCAGUUCUUCUAGACCCACCCCCAAGCCACUUAAUUUGUCAAAGUCGUCUCACGUUUCAAAUUUGAGCAGGGUUCCUCAAACAGCAACUUUUCCCCCAAAGGUGAAUAGAGCCCUCAAUCUUCCAAACCCUCCAAAAACUGCUACCUUUGCUACAAAAUCAUCAGGAUUUCCAAAAGACACUAGGCAAUCAAUGAGAGCACCACAAUCAGCUACCCUUCCUCAAUCAGCUUAUGCCUUCGUGUAUGGUGAUCCAACCUACGUUCAAACUGUUGAACCAUCUCGUUUUAGACGUUAUAGUUCUACACCUGCUCCUCUUAGAUUUGUGACGGCCGACUAUCGUCAGGUUCAAUUGGGACCAGGUACUCCCGUGGUCGUUCUCAGUCAUCCUGAUGAUUCUGAUUCUCAAGGGUCGUCACCGCCUACUCCAGGCUACGGUCCUCCUGAAGGUUUCACUAGUGCUGAUUAUUAUGAUCUAUGCACCAUGCCUCCGUGCGAGGAGGAGCAGGAGGAAGGUCAAUCUUACUAUUAUUAUGAUUACUCACAAGAGUAUAUUCCCCAUACACCUACUGGAACUUUGCAAAACCAUCGUUCUAAUUCUCUUCCUGCAACCGCAAAAGAUGAAAGACGAAGAAGCGUGUUCGGGGGUCCUAUGAGAAUGCAUUCUGAUGCAGUUCUUCCAAUUCGUCAACCUAAAGGACCCGAUAUUGCUAAAAACUUUGCUACUCGCAUUCGUCGCAAAGCUGUAAAUAAGCUAUACGCGGCUGCUGCUGAAAGGCGAAGUAAAUCGGCUGCUGAUAGAAGAAAAUCUGCAAU